AUGAUGAUUACCGCCGUUGAGGAUACUCAACAAGAUCCAAACAAGAAAAAGUCGAAGGGUGAGGAUAAAAAGAAGAAAAAGGACAAGAAGGAGAAGGAGAAGGAGAAAAAGGAAAAGGAAAAGGAGAAGAAGGACAAGAAGGACAAAAAAGCCGUAUGUCUCUGUCUAUAUGAACAUAACGGCCACUCAAAACUGAAGAAGGGAGCUGAAGUAGCGGCAACUCAGUAUGGUGAGGUCGUUCAGCAAGAAGAGGUCAAGAAGAAGUCUGGUGAAUCGAAAGAAGGAAAGGCAAAGUCAAAAUCACCAAAAGGGAAAUCGAAGUCACCGAAAGGAGGCAAAGGCUCAGAGCGAAUUAUAUCGAAUCCAAUAGUCACCCCAGUCACGGACGAAUUCCCAACAGAUGAAGAGGAAGGGAAAGAAACGGAAUUGAAUAAGACCAAGACCGCUGCUGAUAAGCUUAUCCAAAGAAAAGAUGAACAAGUGGUGGACUAUAAGAAGAAGAAGACGAAGACAGGAAAAGAUAGGAAUUUGUCGGAUCCGAUCGUCACACCAUGCACAGACGAAUUCCCCACGGAAGAGGAAAAGCCUGAACUGAAGGAGGUGGCCCAGCAAUCUCAUGCAUAG